UGCUAAUUAUUUUUCAGUUUAACAAAACAACAUACAUUUUAUAUUUUUUUAAAUUUUUUGUGUUUUCAAAAAUGAGGACAAAAUUUGUUUCAUGAUACAACAGGACAUCAUUUAGGUUGGACAGGGAAUUUUUUUUUUAUGGUUCAUCGCUGGAUUUAUAUAGCAAGUAGCUAGUCUCAUGGGCAAUACAGUGUCAGCAGCUCAGGUGGCUGCCGGUCAGAUUGUCGGAGCGCAUGCCACCAUCUCGUUCCCGGAGAACAACGGCUUUAAACGGCUGUACCCAGUGGAUGGCAUGGGCAACACGGUGGCCGCCGCUCAGUUCGCCGCUGGGCAGAUUGUCGGAUCGGGGCCCAACGUUUACUCAGAUGGUGCCACGUCGAAGCAGGUUACGGCUUACAUCCCUAAAGAGUGUCCAAUGCAUUAUAGUUCUGCCGGAGCAUGUUCAGGGAACGAAAUCAACCCUCUAAACAUGAUGCCAGCACCAAAUCAGAUGCCAUCCCCUGACCAGCCGUUUCCUCUUUCGACCGAACGCCAGGUCUCGAACAUACCGAAGGCCGUGAAGCAGGAUGAAAAGGACACACACUGGGUCUACCCGUCGGCGCAGAUGUUCUGGAACGCGAUGCUACGCAAAGGCUGGCGUUGGCGUGAUGACCAGCUCUCGCAGAAGGACAUGGAUGACAUAAUAAAGAUACACAAUGCGAACAAUGAGCAUGCCUGGCUCGAGGUGCUCAAGUGGGAGGCGCUACACGCCGAUGAGUGCCUAGAACCCAAACUGAAGAGCUUUGGAGGGAAGGCAGCUGACUACUCACCAAGGGCGAGGAUGCGCCAACUUCUUGGGUACGAGCUCCCGUUCGACAGGCACGACUGGAUUGUCGACAGGAACGGGAAGGAGGUGCGGUACGUGAUUGACUACUACGACUCGGGGAGUGUCGGCCCGGAUCACAGGUUCGCGAUAAUCGAUGUCCGCCCAGCCAUGGACAGCUGGGAGAACGUCUGGGACAGGAUGCGAGUCGCUUACAUGAGGUGGCGGUACGAGUUGGAGGACCGGCUUUCGGCGAUCAAGGGCGCCAAAGACGAUGACGAGAAGGAGAAGUGAGAUAUAGUGAGAGAGAGAGAUAGGGAGGAGGGGUAGAGAGAAAGAGAGAGAGAAAAAAAACAGAGCGAGAGCCUAGUCCUUAGAUUAUUGUUAUUAUUUAAUAUAAAAAAAUUAAAUUUUGAAAGGAAAUUAAAUUUA